GUUCCUGGCCUGGCCUGGAGGUAACCUUAGGGUCUUCGCCGCACGAGCAGGCACGGCCGCCGCGGGGGUGGGCUUUGCUAGUCCGAGCCUCAGCCGGUGCCAGGUCUGUUAGGUGCCGGGAAUCGCCGGGGUGCGCAGGAGUUCGCUGAGGUUCCCGGGGAGUAGGAACCGCGGGCGCAGGGCCGCCCAGCCGACAUGUCUCUAGUGGCAGAAGCCUUCGUCUCGCAGAUUGCAGCUGCAGAACCUUGGCCUGAAAAUGCUACAUUAUAUCAGCAGCUGAAAGGGGAGCAAAUUUUGCUUUCUGACAAUGCAGCUUCUCUUGCUGUGCAGGCCUUUUUGCAGAUGUGUAAUCUGCCCGUCAAAGUGGUUUGCAGGGCAAAUGCAGAAUAUAUGUCUCCAUCUGGUAAAGUACCUUUUAUUCACGUAGGAAAUCAAGUAGUAUCGGAACUUGGUCCAAUAGUCCAAUUCGUUAAAGCCAAGGGCCAUUCUCUUAGUGAUGGGCUGGAUGAAGUCCAAAAAGCAGAAAUGAAAGCCUACAUGGAAUUAGUCAACAAUAUGCUGUUGACUGCAGAGCUGUAUCUUCAGUGGUGUGAUGAAGCUACUGUAGGGGAGAUCACUCAUGCUAGGUAUGGAUCUCCUUACCCUUGGCCUCUGAAUCAUAUUUUGGCCUAUCAGAAACAGUGGGAAGUCAAACGUAAGAUGAAAGCUAUUGGAUGGGGUAACAAGACACUGGACCAGGUCUUAGAAGAUGUAGACCAGUGCUGUCAAGCUCUUUCUCAAAGACUGGGAACACAACCGUAUUUCUUCAAUAAGCAGCCUACUGAACUAGAUGCACUGGUAUUUGGCCAUCUGUACACCAUUCUUACCACACAGUUGACCAAUGAUGAACUUUCUGAGAAGGUGAAAAACUAUAGCAACCUCCUUGCUUUCUGUAGAAGAAUCGAACAACACUAUUUUGGUAAAGUCAGCUCAUCCAUCAGAUUGUCUUAGAGUUAUGUGUUAAUUUAGUCAUUAUUUUUUAAAAGUUUAACUUUUGAAAUAUAUGUUACUUGAAUGAUGUAAUAGAUAAUAGUAUCAGAAUUUUACAACCAAAAAUACUGCUUUUCACAACCUCAAAACAAAUUACGUAAUGUAUCGUAUACGUGUACCUUAUACUGCUAUUUGUGUAUACAUUAAAAUAAUUUUGAAUGAUUUCAUUUGAUAUGUUGUACUCUAUAUCUUGAAAUUUUUGGUUUCUUUGACAUGUGUAUGCAUAUAAAAAUAAAGCUCAAACAACUGUGUGGCCGGUGUAUUUACUUUCUUUCCAUCUUUCUGAAAGCUACUCUCUGAGCUUUAUACAUGGAAUAAACAGUGUCUUUUCUAAGGCAAUAAUUUGUAUUCCAUACUCCCAAGAUUACUUUGCUAGAUGUAAUGCAUGGUAAACCUGGUCACGGGAAGAAUGUUCUUAACGGUUAGCACUUAGAAAAUGCGCAUGAUUACAAAGUGAUUAAAUCCUGGAACAGAUUACCAUUUAAGAGCAUUUUUCUUAUCUAAACUUUAUUGAACUUAAAAACAUUUUAUCAGAGCAGCUAUAAUUUACAUUUGAUAAAGGGAUAAGUUUCAAGGACCUUAUUUUUUUGAAACUUCUUUUUGGAGAAAAUAACAUGUUAAUAAUGCUGUUUUAUUCCUUUUGUGGGGAAGGGAGGAUAGAUUUCACAGAAGUAUCAAUUUAUACAUAAGCAUAAAAGAUUAUAUGCUGUAUUUCUUUCAAUUUUUCUAAUAUUUUAUGUAAAGCCAGAUAUGCUAUAAAAGAGAUGUACAAAUAAUUUCUUGAAAAUGUCUAGAAUAGUAGUACUUCUAUAUUCCUUUUUAUGUGCCAGACAUUUUAACUCAUUUAAUCCUUACAAAAACUAUGAAGGUUAUUAUUCCCAGUUCACAGAAGAGGAAAUGGAGACACAAAAUGGGUAAUACCUUGCCCAAGGUCAUAGGGUUAGUAAGUGGUAGAGUUGGAAUUCAAACCUAGGUGUCUGGCAUCUGUUUGGCUUUUAAAGAAAACUACAUUUUUUUUUUUUUAAGAUUAUAGAUUUAUACCUUAUAAGGGAUGUAUUAGGUUCUCCUUAGCCCAAGUCCCACAUAAACUUUGGGUGCUCCCUUUUGACUAUAGUGCUAUUUAUUAUUUUCCUGAACUAAUUUUGUAAUUUGUUUUAUUAUUAAAAUAAAAAAUUCCAAGUUA